UGAGUGGUUUGAUAAACAUUGCAAUUUGUUCAACAUAAUAAUCAAUUAAUUAAAAUAUUCAUAUCCAAGUUGCUAAAAAUGGCUACUGAGCUGUAUGUUCAAGCUCGUAAAUUGCAGAAGUUAUUUCCAGAUUGGAAAUUUACUUCAAUCGUUAAAGAAUUAAAUCGAUCACAAUUUUCAUCAGAUUCAUUUCACAAUUUAAAUCAAAUAGUUCAAUCAAAAUUGAAAAGCAAAAUUGCAAGAAAGAAACGGAAACAUACAUGCGAAAAUGAAGAUAUGCGAAAAAAGAUUUGCACUGCACGCGAUAAUUUAAAGACGGGGCCAUGUUUAAAUGCAGUCGAUCUAACAACAGCCUCAAAUGAUAGCGUAAUUGUUCUUAGUUCAGAUGAUUCAAUAGAUUCAACAGAUUCAUCAGUAAUCAUAGAUGAUCCAAUCAAUGUAAAUUUAAUUAAAGAGAAUUUACUUUCAAUUUUCCCCGAGUGUGAACCAUUAUAUAUAGAGUUUUUAAUCACUUUAGCUAAAGAGUCUAUACCAAAUGAAAAUUUAUUGGUUGAUCAUAUUGUAUCACGAUUAAUUAGUGAAAAUUAUCCAAAAUCGAAUGACGAUGAUACGCUAGCAAUUCCGGAUAUAAUUCAAACAGUGCAAGAACCGUUUGAUAUAUUACCAAAAUUAGUUGAAAAUACUUCUCAAUCUUUAGAUAAUGAUAAAAAAUUUCCAGUCCCCGAUUUAUUAGCCUCAGAAAAUGCAUCCACAAUUCAAGAAUCAAGUAAUAAUUUACUGAAUGAAAGAAUACAAGGAGUGAUAGAAGAAUCUUUUGAUAAAACAUCAACCGAUUUUGAAGCUUUACCUGAUAAUCCAAACAAUAUAUCGAUUGAAAACGAAAAUGUUCCAAAUAGUUUACAAAGUCUGUCAGACUAUAACGAAUUGAAUGAACUGUUAAACGACCAAGUCGAAACCAAUGAAUUUAUGAAACUAUUUGCUGAAUUGGAAAAAUUAAGUAAUAUACCAUUACCAUCAGAAGAUAUUAGUAAUAUACCAUUACCACCAUCAGAAAAUAUAAGUAAAAAACCAUUACCAUCAGAAGAUAUGAAGAAGUUUGUACCCGUCGUUGAAUACAACCAAAUUCAUAAACCAGCUAGUCAUAAAACAGCAACUGAAGACAUUAAACCAACAAUUAAAACGGAAAAAUUGGAAAAAAUGAAUGAAAUGGAGAAUGCUGCUAAUGUUGAUAAUUUAGUUCUAAAACUGUUACCGAUAUUUCCAGAUGCUUGUCCUAAUUUUCUGCGUGAUUUUUGUAGAGGACGUAAAAAUAAUCCGACUGAGUUGGAGCAAAUUAUCAUGUAUCUGAUUACAAAUGAUUUUCCGAAACGAGCUAGAGUUCAAGAUAAUGCAGCCGAGCAAGAAGUUGUAAAUGAAGAAGAGCAAUAUCAAAUUAUGUUGGAAUUGUUACCUGAUGCCGAUCCCGACUAUUUACGGGUUCAUUGUAGCAAUCUUUACGAUAAACCAGAUCAAUUGAAGGGAUUCAUUGAUGACGCACUUGAACGGAAAAAUUAUCCAACACUCAAAGAUUACAAACGGAAACAACAGUUAUCCGCUCAAAUGAAGCAAUAUACGACAGAGUUUAAUGUGAAUAAAUUUUUAGAGUCAAUACCAAAUCCUGUUGAAUAUUUCAACGAUGAAAAACGUGUAUGCACCUACAAUUCGCCUAAUAGAAUGAAUUACGACAAAUUAAUUGCAAUUGAAGCACAUAUGAAAGAUGUUUUCAAAAAUUUAUUUUUAAACAAAAGAGUCGCUGAUAUUAAUGCUAUUAUUAGAAAGAAUCAAAAACGUGUUAUAUUAAUAUACAAUGAGCUAAAAAAUGGUAAAAUAGAAGACAUGAAACGUAAUCGUAAACUAGGUCCUGUACAACAACUGUACGGAGAAAUCGAUGUACCGUAUAUGCAAGAAAUUGCAUAUAUCACCCAUUACGAUGAAAUCCAUAGAGUAUUAAAACAACGCGAACAAGAAAAAACGCAAUUAUUUGAAUUUGCCAAAGCAAACGGUACACUAUUAACAUGCGAAUGUUGCUUUGACGAUGAAGUUAUGGAAGAUGAUACGUUCACAUGUGACUAUGGUCAUAAAUUUUGUAAAACUUGUAUUAUACGAUCGGUGGAAAUUUCUUUUGGUGAAAAUAAAUUACAAUAUACAUGUUUAACCAAUUGCAAAGCAGAAUUUUCUUUAGCUACUUUACAGAAACUUUUAAAACCAAAUAUGUUUUCAAAAAUCGCAUUACGUAAACAAAUUGAAGAAGUAAAAUCAGCUGGUAUCGAGGAUUUAGAGAGCUGUCCAUUUUGUGAUUUUGCUACAAUUCCAACACCUGGUGAUAAAAUAUUUAAAUGUUUAAACGAAGAAUGUUUAAAAGAAUCAUGUCGUAAUUGUAAAGAGCUUUCGCAUAUACCAUAUCGAUGUGAUGAAAUUGAGAAAAAUGAUGAAGUUAAAGCUCGCACUUAUAUUGAAGAUAAAAUGACUGAAGCACUUUUGAGAAAAUGUUGGAAAUGUGGUAUGAAAUUUAUUAAAGAAGAUGGAUGUAAUAAGAUGACGUGUAGAUGUGGAGCGUUUAUGUGUUAUGUUUGCGGUAAACCUGUCGAUGGAUACAAGCAUUUUAAUGGCCAAGGCGGUACGAACUAUGAAUUAUGUCCAUUGUAUAGCGAUACUGAAAAAUUACAUUUGGAUGCUGUUCGUAAGAUUGGUGAAGAAGCGAAACAAGAAAUCAAACAAAAAAAUCCAGCUGUACAAUUAAAACAUGAUCCAUUGACUGGGUUACCUAAAGCCAAGGCAAAGGAUACUGUUUAUAAGCCUGGACCUCAAUACGAUCCUUUUCAAGGUCAGCAUAGAGGUCCUCAUAAUAAUAAUGUGAGGCAUCAUCAUCAACAUCAUGUUGUUAUUAAUCUUGAAAAUAAUCCUGCAAAUGUACUUUAUGAUCACUAUCAUAAUGGUCAGCGAAUUCAUCAUAAUCAACUUCGCCAUCAAGCUGGCAAUAAUGUACAUAUAGAUUUGGAUAAUUUGGUGCGCCAUUUGGCUCAAGCGGGCAACAAUAUUAUGAACAGGAGACAUUGAAAUUAUAUUUGUACAAAAGAAAGUAUAAACUCGACCUUCACUCACUGAUUACCAGAUGAGACAUAUUUUCUAUGAAAUUUUAUUAAUCAGAACAUAUAUAAUUUAAUAGCGGAAAUAAUGGUAUAUAGGUUUUUACCUGCAAAAAACGUUAUGAAAAAAAAAUUGAUUAAAAUUCAUUUUAUUAAUAAAUAUAAUGUAUCUAUAAAAAUAAAAUUAUCAUGCAAAAAUUACUGAAGAUAUCAAGCCAAGGGUCUCUACCACCCUAGAAAAAGGGUUCCUCUGUUUUUUUUUGUUUUUAAUGAUUCUUUUUGAAUAUUAUUUAAAAUCAGAAACAUUUCAGAGGGGAGAAAUAAUCUGGAGGGGGAAUAGGUAAUGUCGCGGCUUAUAUAUGGACGUCCAGUCUAAAUCGCUAAUGAUCCAAGUUUGAAAUUUCGAGAGGAUAUUGAUUGAUUUUAUACUGUAGGUGUCAUUUAAGAAAGGAUUUUUUGAAAUUCAUCCCCUAUAAUGGUGAAAUACGGGAUGAAAGUGUAUAAAAAUAUAUACAAAUCGUCAUUUUUGAUUCCACGAGCAACUGAUUUUAAAAAUUAUUUCAUGUAUAGAAUGCUACAGUAUCAGCAAGUAACAGGGCCGUAUUUUCUUUUCAAAUAAUGAAGGAGUCGCACUAAAAGUUAAAAUCCAUUAAGUAGUGAACAAAAGGGAAGUUAUGAGAAUUGAAGGCUAUAACGUGAAUAUCUGCCAGUUAUUUCUAUUAUUUAAACAGUAUAUGUGCAACUUAUUUAAAAAAAUCACUUUUGUUUGAUUUUUUUCCCACAAAAAAUGUAUUUUAACUUAAUAACAAUAAAAAUUGAAUUUUAACUUUUGAUGCGGCACUUAACUUGUUUGAAAAUAAAAUACAACCCAUGUUAAUUGGUGACAGUUAACUUUUUUCGAUUACGUAGCGAACUCAACAAUGUUGCUUUCACUAUUUAAUGGAUUUUUACUUUUGGUAUGGAACCUUAAUUUUUUUUAAAAUAAAAUAUAGCCUAUGUUAGUUGCUGAUAGUGUAAUAUUCUAUAGGUGAAAGAAUUUUUAAAAUCGGUUAAGUAGUGAACUCAAAAAUGAAGAUUUGUAUUUAUUUUCAUAUAAAAUUUCAUCCCCUAUUUAACAUUUUUAGGGGGUUAAUUUCGAAAAAUCCUUUCUUAAAUGACAGCUACAGUAUAAAAUCUAUCAUGAGCGAUUUAGACUGGGCGUCGAUAUAUCAGUCACGACAUUGCCUAUUCCCCUUCUAGAUUAUUUCCCUCCUCCCUCUGAAAUGUUUCUGAUUUUAAAUAAUGUACAAAAAGAAUCAUUAUGAAAAAAAAAAUCGAAAUCGGAGCUGUUAUUGAGAGCCUAUUUUAUAUAUUCCAUUAUCCGAUUACCAUUACUACUUUAGGUAUUAACUUUUAGGUGAUGCCCAUCUCGUAUUAUUCUCAUUAUUGAUUAUCAUGUUAGAUAAGAUUUUAACUGCAUUUCAUAAAUAAAUCUCAGUAUAAUUUAGUUAUAAUAAUAAAUAUGUCCCAUUUGAAAUUCUAUUC